GCGAGGCAUGGAGGGAGGUGGCAGAGACAGUGGGUGAAACUGGUGGGGCUGUGCCUGGAUGUAUUGGUGAAAAAAAGGAAGAUGAAAAUCAGUAUGGCAUGAGGCAGUUGUCAAGGGUCUUUGAAUGCAGCACGGUUGAUUGACUGAUGGCCGAGGCCCCUCCCCCCUCUCCUGAGCUCAGCAGCCUGUAGUCGAGAAACAGUCAGGUGCCGCGGAAACCUCAGCGCUAACACCCUCCGCCGCCCGUCAGGAGUCUACGGCAACGUCAGAGCCAGAAUGAGGCGGAAGGAGAUCAUCUGCAGCUGGAAGAAAAGCACCAGUAAUAUCAGAGAUGUGUUCGACUUUAAGGGGAAAAUGGGAUCGGGGUCCUUUUCCGAGGUUUUUAUGGUGAGAGAGAAGAGAACAGGAAAAAUGUACGCCCUGAAAUGCCUGAAGAAGAAACACCUCGCUCAUAGCAACCUCGAAAAUGAAAUCAAUGUACUGAGAAGGAUACAGCACGAGAAUGUGGUAGGACUGGAGGAUUUCUAUGAGAGCCGGACACACUAUUACCUGGUCAUGCAACUGUGGGGGAGCUUGUUUGAUCGCAUUUUAGAUAAGGGUUACACCGAGAAGGACGCUAGCAUGGUGAUAAAGCUGCUGCAGGCUGUCAGCUACCUGCACGAAAACAGCAUCGUACACAGGGACCUUAAGCCUGAGAACCUGCUGUACUAUAACACAGACGAGAAUGCGAAGAUCAUGGUGAGUGACUUUGGUCUGUCGAAGACGUUGGAGCACGGCGUGAUGUCCACAGCCUGUGGUACGCCGGGAUAUGUUGCCCCUGAGGUUUUGGCCCAGAGACCCUACAGCAAAACAGUGGACUGCUGGUCCAUUGGAGUUAUCACCUACAUCCUGCUCUGCGGCUACCCUCCAUUCUUUGAAGACAACGAGACGCGUCUGUUUUCAAAGAUCAUGAGGGCUGAGUACGCUUUUCAUUCGCCUUUCUGGGACGAUAUCUCUGAGUCAGCCAAAGACUUCAUCAGGAAUAUGAUGCAUAAAAACCCCACAAGACGCUUCCUCACCGAGCAGGCACUCAGACACCCAUGGAUUGCUGAAAACACAGCUAAAGACGUGGACAUUUCUCAGUCUGUGUGUGAGCAGAUGGAGAGAAGCUUUACCAAAUCCAAAUGGAAGGCCUUCCACGCAGUCUCAGUGGUUCAGCAACAUGAAGAAACUGCAGUCGGUUCCUUUCCGAGCCCCUCCCCCGACAUCCCUGCAGCCCUGAAGGCCUGGACCCGAACGGGAACCUGGUCCCGGGGGCCAGCAAGUCCGUCCUGCCAGCAGUGCUGA